UUCCCUAAACUAACGUCGGCGUUAUCUCCUUCCUCACCGUAUUUUCAGAUUAGUCAAGCUCCUUUUACAACCAAACACGACCUAAUUCAAGUUUUUUUUUUUCUUUCUCUCUCUCUCUCUCUCUAUUUUCCGAAAUUUUGUUUAUGCUAACUCGAUUUGGCUUUGAGGUUUAACACAAAUUUUUAAAUUACUAGUUAUCAUUAUUAUUAUUAUGAUAUGAUGUAAUUUCAAUCGUUUUAUGAUGACUCGAUAAUGGCGAUUAGUGAAGUUUCUGGGCUGUGCCAGCGGUUUAGCAUAACGAAUACGAUGCAUCGUUUCUGGUUCUGGAUGUUCAUGUUCGAGCAAGGAUCCUUUGUUUGUGUACGGUUACAGCUUUGACGUUUUGGAUUUUCAGUAAGUCAAAUCUCGGAUGUGGGGUUAAGUUCUUCAGCUCAGUUAGGGUUUGGUAGAUAUUUACAAAAAGUAAAAUAAAAUAACAUCACUUUGUAUAGGGAUUAGUAUUUGCACUAGAUCUAUGGUUAGCUUUGAAUAGUUUUUCGUUUGGAUUUGAAUUGAAUGGUUUUAGAAAGGGAUACUCUGCUAUUACAGGGUGAGAACAGCUGAUAGGGUUUUUUAUGAGAGCGCUGUGGAUAUUUUUGGUCAGGGAGUUUUUUUUUUUUAACUCUUACUUGUGUUAGUUGUAAAGGUUUUGUUAUUUUCUUUUGACUGCAUAUCUAGUGAUUUGCAGUUGCAUUUGGGUUGGGGUUCCUGAAGAUUAUUGCAUGUGCUGUUUUCCUUUGGAUGAGGACGGGUUAUAGUCAGUGUGAAUUUGGGCAUUCUGGAUGACAAGGGUUGUCCAGAUGAGUGUCGAUGGCGACAGCAAAGAGCUGAAAGAACUGAAUCAGCGCUUACGAGAUGGGAAGAAGGUUUCUGGUGGGGAGCAUGGUUUAUGUGAGGGCAAUGAAGUGAAAUGUAAUGGAGUAGCUGAAGAAGUUAAGGUUGGACAGGGGGGGACUGUGGAAUCCUCCUCUGUCCAGCAGAAUAUACCACAGCCUCAAGGGGCAAUAAUUUGUUGGGAGAGGUUUUUGCAUGUUAGAUCCCUUAAGGUAUUGCUUGUGGAGUAUGAUGACUCUACCCGCCAUGUUGUCACUGCACUGCUUUGCAAUUGUAGUUAUGAAGUUAUUGAAGCAGCAAACGGAGUGCAAGCUUGGAAGAUAUUGGAUGAUUUAACCAAUCAUAUUGACCUCGUUUUAACUGAGGUGGCAAUGCCUGGCUUAACAGGCAUUGGUCUUCUAUACAAGAUCAUGGGCCACAAGACCCGGAAAAAUAUUCCAGUAGUUAUGAUGUCAUCUCAUGAUUCUAUGGGUUUAGUCUUUAAGUGUUUGUCAAAGGGUGCUGUUGACUUUCUAGUUAAACCCAUACGGAAGAAUGAGCUUAAAAACCUGUGGCAGCAUGUUUGGAGAAGAUGUCACAGUUCUAGUGGCAGUGGCAGUGAAAGUGGCACCCAAACCCAGAAGUCUGUAAAAUCAAGGAGCCUUGAAAAGUCUGAUAAUAAUUCUGGAAGCAAUGAUGAAGAUGAUCAUGGCAGUGUAGGCCUGAAUAAUGGGGAUGGAAGUGACAAUGGUAGUGGCACUCAGAGCUCAUGGACCAAACGUGCUAUAGAAGUUGAUAGUCCCAAACCAGUCUCUCAGUGGGAUCAAAUAGCUGAGUGCCCUGACAGUACCUGUGCUCAAGUUGUUCACUCCAAUGCUGAAAUAGGUGGGAACAAGGUGGUUCCUAUAGCCGCAAAGGAGUGUCCAGAACAGAAGGAACAACUUGUCAAAACUGCAGGUUCUAAACAUAGCAAUGCACCUGAUGUCAGCCCCUCUAAAUUCAAUGAGCAAAUUAAUAGAGGACAACUGGACGUUAACUGUGAAAAUCAAUCUAGCAAGCUAAGGUGCAAAGGUUUAUCAUUGUCCGAUGCCAUUACUAGCACUUCUGAUUCUCAGAUGCAUAGUGGAGAAUUUGAAGCCCUAAAUAGAAGACCCAAAUCCUCAGAUAUUGAAAAUAAAGGUACUAAUAAUGAUGAAGAUUUGCCAUCUCUUGAGCUCAGUUUAAAGAGGCUUAGAGGAGUUAAAGAUGCUGGCAUUACAAUUCAGGAUGAACGGAAUGUUUUAAGACGUUCUGAUCAGUCUGCUUUCUCAAGGUACAAUGCAGCCUCUAACACUAAGAAGUCUCCCACUGGAUGUGUUGGAAGCAAUUCUCCACAUAAUAAUAGCUUAGAAGUUACAAAGAAAGAUUCGUCUCGUGAUCUUCAAUCUCAUUCUAGCGGCAAUCCACCUAACCAAACCUCAAAUGGUGCUAGCAAUAACAAUGAUACGGGUUCCACUACUAAUAAUGCUUUCGCUAAAUCUGCAGUUGUAAGUGAGCCAGCAGUGGCAUCAACAACUAAAUGCUUGUACCAAACAUCUUCUUUCCAGCCUAUGAAAAACAACCUUGUUUGUACCUCUCAACAAGUUGUCUUACAUAAUACUAAAGAUACGACAGCAACAAUGUUAGCACCACCUAAAGUAGACAGACAUAAAGAUUCUGCAGCUCUGGAAUUCCAUCUCCAUUGUGAAAACCAUAACUGUAUUGCUGACAACAUGCAGCACCAGCUGCCACCUGAUCAUGAUGCUGAAUCUGUAAAGAAAAUGGCUAUUGCUGCUCCACAUUGUGGGUCAUCAAAUGUGGUUGAACUGCUAGUUGAAGGUAAUGUUGGAAACCACAGUAUCAAUAGAAGUGUUUCAGGCAGCAACAAUGGAAGCAAUGGACAAAAUGGGAGCAGCACAGCAGUUAAUGCUGGAGGGACAAACAUGGAAAGCAACAAUAGACUCACCGGAAAUAGUGGCAGUGGUGAUGCUAGUGGAAGUGGAAGUGCCAACAAAGUAGAACCAAACAAGACUACUCAAAGGGAAGCAGCCUUGACUAAAUUUCGCCAAAAGAGAAAAGAGAGAAAGGAGAGGUGUUUCCAUAAAAAGGUUCGAUAUCAGAGCAGAAAGAAAUUAGCUGAACAACGACCUCGAUUUCGUGGACAAUUUGUGCGACAGUCCUCUAAUGAAAAUGCAAGUGAAGCAACAGAUAGCUGAUUCAGAGCAUUUGGCACAAUGGCAUAAUGGAGACAUGCGAGGGGAAAGGUCGAGGAGCCUUCAUGUAGAAUUUGGGAAUUGUUCUGUCUGUCUGUGUGUUGUGUUGAUGUAUAACGACUCUGGUUAUUGCAACUUGUUCAUUUGGAACCUGUAUCAAUUAUGUGGUGAGAGAUUGUCAUGCUGAUUGGUGCUCGGAAAACUUAUUGUGACCCAAUAACUUAUUACUUUCUCACUGAUCUUGUGCUGGAAGAAUCAAAUGUGUGUAGUUCAUUUAUCAAGUGGUUACUUCUUUUGUGUA